AUGCCGCAACUGUCACAAAAGAAUGCCAAUGCACGCAAUGAUACGCUAGUUUCCAUCCUCAAAGACCUUAGUCUACGUCUCGACGGCGAUGACAGGCAAAGGGUUGUAGAUGCUCUCCAGGAUUCCGACGACGAAUCCACCCCGCCAGCCUUCACAUCCUCUUCUUCUCGCUCAUCCGUCGCCUGCCUGUAUCAAAAGCAUUCUCACUUGCAGCCCACUAUUGCUUCUUCCUCUACCCAGGCUCCAGGACCAUCAACAGACUCGGACCAAUCAUCACUACCCCGGUUAGACGGUAUCCUCCCGGACGAAUCAGACGAAUCAGACGAAGAAGCAGCGGCAUAUCUAUUCGAUAUAGUCGAAGCAGGUUUCCCAAGCCAGGUUUCUGAAGUUCAAUGGCUGCAGAGCCUCAAAAAUAGAGUCCAGGUUGUCGGGCCCCUCGGCCUGGAACCAACAAGCGCUUCAGUGCCCAUGGUAUUUCCGACACCUCCGGCCCUUGUCCCAUCGCUUGCUUUCACUCCAACCAACCAGGAUCCCUCUAUUGCUCCUAUCACCUAUCCUCCCAUCACCUAUCAUCUUGAUGACGAAGGUGUCAAGAUUAUGCAUGGCGGCAAUCCUUUUGAGCUGCCCUCGGAACAAACUGCAAGCUUUCUCUUCCAGUGUUUCAAACGCACUGUUCAGAGAUCUUUUCCGAUCCUUCCAGCCAUGCUUGAGGCACAGCUGCAUCAGUAUUACAGCCUGAUCCACAGCCACAAGGAAAUACAAUGCCCACAGAACUGGUUUGCCUUAGUCAAUCUCGUCUUCGCCAUUGGAGCCAAAUUCUCUCAUCUUAUCCAAGCCGACUGGCGCGCCGACACUCUCGAUCAUGUUACAUACAUAUCACGUGCUUAUCAGCUGCUCGCAAUGAAUGACUCUGCCUUUGGUUUCUCGACUCCAGUUUUGUCUUCUACUCAGGUAGCUAACGUUUCCUCGGGAGCCUGGAUAAUGGUCCGUGGAGCCAUGCAGUCUGCACUUUCCCUUGGACUCCAUGUUCAGCAGGAGGACCAUUCCAUGUCUGCAGCCAGACAACAAAGUCGGGUAGACACAUGGUGGAGUCUACAUGCACUAGAGAGUCUCUUGGGCUCAAUCACAGGUCGUCCAAGUACUCUUCCAGGUGACGAAAUCACCACCCCUUCAUCGAAAGCUUUUUUUGAUGCAAUAUCCGGCACCUAUGGACAAGGUGCACCCAGAACAACAAACAUGGCAUUCCUAGACGCCGACUCCAACUUGCACAUAAUAACGCAGCAGGUGAUAUCAAGUCUGUAUACCCAGCGAAAAUUGGUUCCCCCAUGGUCUCACAUCCAACGGAAAAUGGUUGCAUUGGUAGGAGAUUUGGAUAAAUGGGUUGUGGAUUGCGUUCCCCACUUCCAUUCAGAAAAUUGGGCAAUGGAUUACGCCCAACAGCGCAAUAACUCUCUACUCAAACUCCAGUACUACCGCGUGAAGAUCUUAAUGACACGUCCUUCGCUUCGUCGCAUCGAGCGCUCCACAGAAUCUGGGUCGGGUGAAUUCACCAGCUUGGACCAAUCCAUGGCCGAGGCAUGCAUUCAAGCAGCCAUCGAUGUGGUGGCACUGUUGGGGACAGUGCCUGAUAUAGCAACUUUGUACGAAAAGGGGCCGUGGUGGACCAUUGUUCAUAACGUGAUGCAAGCCCUCGCUAUUUUGAUGAAUGCGAUUGCAUGUCCAGAUCAUUUUGCCGAUUCGUCUUCGUUGUCGGCACACGGUGUACGACAGCUCGUUGGCUGGCUGCUUGCCAUGCGUGCGACCAACGUCAUUGCGGCGAGGGCACACCAACUUGUGUAUUCUCUCGUCAAGACAUCAAACCCACAGGUCUGGGUCAGCAUAGCAGAUGUAUUUCCAGACGAUAUUAGCAUGGUGCUGCUGCAGCCUUCGCCGGCCCUCGUCGAUCCAAAGUACGUGCCGUGGCCGGCGAAAGAAUCGCCAAUCGAUGCGUGGUUUGAAUAUGAUCUGAACAGCUUCUUUGGCUAUAAAUACCCUGCUUCAAUAUAA